UUUUUCUCAUGUGGAGAGAAUCUAUAGCUUACACAAAUUACUUAAUGAAAUAUAAAAAACAAACUGUUAAGAAUCACUAUUUUAAAAGAUCAUUCUCCAUAUUCAUCUAUUUUUCUGCCUAGGAUUUUAUGACAGGCUUAUCACUAUUGUCUCUAAACGAUAUUGUCUCUAUCAUUCUCAUGAAAUCAAAUGAAUUGUAAUAACCACAAAUGGCAGUUUAGCAUGAUAACAGCCCCCCCACCCCCCGCCCCACUCAGAACGCCACUUUUACUGCAUCCCAUAAGUUUGAGAGAAAUUGGCAUUUACACUUUUUUAAACAUUUGGUAUAAUUCAGCAUUGAAACCAUCCUGUCCUGGGCUCUUAUAUGUUGAAAGAGGUUUUUGUUAUUAUUACUGAUUCAAUUACUUAUUAUAAGUCUUUCAGAUUUCUAUUUCUGACCAGAAGGACAGAGAACUGACAUGUUAUUUUGUUACACAGAGAGUUUACUUAAAAUUAAGGCAAAAAUUCACUUAGGGCCUUAAAUGGUUUGUAUUCUCACUGAUCAAUUCAACUGGAUAAUUGCCAGAUAUUCACUUAGUGUCUGUAUGACUUACACACGCACAUAAAAUCAACCUGGCUAUCAAGUGAUAUUUAAAGAUAUUUUUUUUAAAUCUCAGUAAUUUUCCUGAAUGUUUUUCUUCUGAUUAUGUGAGAUAAAGUGGGAAGUCUUUUUGUGUACGAACCAUUAACCAUUAGGACUUCCUUUACAAAAUGAACCUGAGAGUGUCUCUGUAAAGAAGGACCAUUCUUAACUUUAGUAGAGUAGAGCUAAGCCAUAUGGACUGAGAAAACUCUGAGGCUUUGAGGGAACUAGGUAGAGGAAAUUGAUAGGCAAGGUUGUAGAGGGGUGGAGUGGGGUUAUAGCCUGAGAGGUAUAACCCCACUCCAUGGGGUUGGGUGCAUGCCCCAGCCUGGACCCAGCUGCUGGAGGUACCAGGUACCAGAUACCAGGUAAAUCAGGAGAAAACCUUUGAUUUAAGUGAUGCUAAAAAUGGAAAGGGUCAAAUAUAAUCUUGGCUUCUUAGGCAAAGUAAUGCUCUUAUAUUGUACUAUUCCUCCCCAUAAUUCACCCUUCAGCCAUCCACCACCUUGGGUCUCAUUUUGUUUUUUUCUAUGUUAUAUUUUGAUGUAAUAUAUUUUAAUAUUAAAUUAAGGUUCAGGGGUGAUUUCUCUUUCUAAUACUCCAAAUGAGGAUAACAGGUUGUAGGUCUUGGUGAAGUGAUCCCAAGCAGGAUUCUUGCUCUUUCUGGAGAACACUAAGUGUAUAGUAAGCACAGGGUAUAUCUGUUAGAAGAACAGAAGAUGGAAGGAAUGAACCAUUUGUGGCAGUCAGGCGACACAAACCCCAAGUCUACUGACUGCUCCUUCUUAAAGAGAGAACAGAUGUUUUCGCCACACGUAACCCUUGCCAUUUUGGGUUGGAAGUGAAAAAUGGCGAUUUCAUUUUUCAUUUUAACAAAUGUCCAAAGCACUACUACUAGGUUUAAGAGGUGAGGAAUCAUCGUCAGGGACGCAUUUAAAUCACAAACUGUAAGGGAGCGAAUGCAGCUUUUCCUCCAAGCUCAGGGCCGGGUCCUAGAGGGGUAAAAGGCCCAGCAUUCUGCACCCAGGAGCAAGGGCAGUCUGAGAUGAGAUGGCGAUUGUCCCGUCACUGAGCAGAGCCUUCACCAACCCCUAGGAUUACUCCAGGAGUAAAUCAACCCGGCCAAUGUUGUACAAAGAUUCUGGGAUCUUCCUCUGCUGUCCCCAGCGAGCAGAGUCAAGGAUGUCCGCCGAUGCAUCUCUGUCUCCCGGGAGUAGGGGCGGGAGCAGUUACUUUCCCCCAGAGACGACAGCGGAGCUUUCUUGGUUCUUUCUGGGAGCUUUGGGAGUGAAAAGGGCCUUGAUCCCAGUGCAAGAUGAGAGAAAGGAAGGACAGAGGGAGGAGAUGGGAAUGGACUCUAUCACUCAGGUUCCUUGGGCCCAGGUGAGGAAGUGAGUUCCGAGCUGAGCUGAAGGCAGACAGGUGGAGUAAGGCCGUCCCGCCUCAGCCCACCCGCUUCACUGGCUGUCUGAGCUGUACCUGUGCCCGGCCUACCUUCCCCGCGACGCCCAGCGAUCGCUGCCCUCGGCCUCCGCCCCCGCCCCAGCGGCCGCUGGUCCCCAGCUCCGCCCCGCCCCGCCCCGCCCCGGGCUCCGGGCUCCGCUGGGAGCCGGUCGAGCCGCGGGUGCCCAGGUCUCGGCGGUCAGGAGGAUGGCCAAGGUCUCAGAGCUAGAAGACGCCUUCCUGCAGGCGCAGGCUUCUCCCCAAGUUUCUCCCGAAGUCCAGGAGGAGUGUUGUGUGCAUCUCCUGAGCAAGGGUUUGCUAGUUUACCCGGAAGAAAGGGUGUACCUGGCGGCCGAAGCGCAGCCUCAGGGCGCCCUGGGCAGCGGGGAGAAAGGUGACGACCCGGAGCUGCCCGUGGGGGUUAAAUCAGAAAUGCAUUUAAGCAACGGUAACUUUUCCUCUGAAGAAGAGGAUGCGGACAAUCACGAGAGCAAAACCAAAGCAGCGGAUUCACAGCUCUCUCAGAAGAAAACCAUCACCCAGAUUAUGAAGGAUAAAAAGAAGCAGACUCAGCUUACCCUGCAGUGGCUUGAAGAGAAUUACAUUGUAUGUGAAGGAGUUUGCUUACCACGGUGUAUCCUUUAUGCACACUAUUUAGAUUUCUGCAGGAAAGAGAAAUUGGAGCCAGCCUGUGCGGCCACCUUUGGAAAGACAAUUCGUCAAAAAUUUCCCCUCUUGACCACUCGGCGGCUUGGAACAAGAGGCCAUUCAAAGUAUCAUUAUUAUGGGAUUGGCAUCAAAGAGAGCAGUGCAUAUUACCAUUCUGUUUAUUCUGGAAAAGGCCUGACAAGGUUUUCUGGAAGCAAGCUGAAGAAUGAGGGUGGCUUCACUCGUAAAUAUUCGCUUAGCUCAAAAACUGGAACACUUCUUCCAGAAUUCCCCAGUGCUCAACACCUUGUGUACCAAGGAUGCAUUUCUAAAGACAAGGUUGACACCCUGAUAAUGAUGUACAAAACUCACUGCCAGUGCAUCCUGGACAAUGCAAUAAAUGGAAACUUUGAGGAGAUCCAGCAUUUCUUACUACACUUUUGGCAAGGAAUGCCUGAUCAUCUUCUUCCCCUGCUUGAAAACCCUGUUAUCAUUGACAUUUUCUGUGUUUGUGAUUCAAUUCUGUAUAAGGUUCUUACAGAUGUACUCAUUCCUGCAACAAUGCAAGAAAUGCCUGAAAGUUUAUUAGCAGACAUAAGAAAUUUUGCUAAAAAUUGGGAACAGUGGGUUGUUUCAUCUUUGGAAAAUUUGCCAGAAGCUCUGACUGAUAAGAAAAUACCUAUUGUACGAAGAUUUGUAUCAUCUCUGAAACGACAAACAUCUUUCUUACAUCUUGCACAGAUCGCCAGACCAGCUCUUUUUGACCAGCAUGUCGUGAAUUCUAUGGUAUCCGAUAUUGAGAAAGUUGACUUGAACAGUAUUGGAUCUCAGGCCCUUCUCACCAUUUCAGGCAGCACAGACACUGACUCUGAUAUCUACACCGAAUAUGACUCUAUCACUGUGUUCCAAGAACUGAAAGAUCUGCUUAAGAAGAAUGCCACUGUGGAGGCUUUUAUCGAAUGGUUGGAUACUGUGGUAGAACAGAGAGUUAUUAAGACCAGCAAACAGAAUGGAAGAUCGUUAAAGAAGAGGGCUCAAGACUUUCUGCUGAAGUGGAGCUUUUUUGGUGCUCGAGUAAUGCAUAAUCUCACCUUGAACAAUGCAUCCAGUUUUGGUUCCUUCCAUUUGAUCCGAAUGCUUCUUGAUGAAUACAUUCUGCUGGCCAUGGAGACCCAGUUUAAUAAUGACAAAGAGCAGGAGUUACAGAAUUUAUUGGACAAGUAUAUGAAGAAUUCAGAUGCAAGUAAAGCUGCCUUCACUGCUUCUCCAAGUUCAUGCUUUCUGGCCAACCGUAAUAAAGGGAGCACUGUUCCCAGUGAUGCUGUGAAGAAUGAAAGCCAUGUAGAAACAACUUAUCUCCCUCUGUCAUCCAGUCAACCUGGAGGCUUAACUUCUUCACUGCACCCAUUCCCUUCUGGGAAUACAGACAAUAUGCCACUCACAGGUCAAAUGGAGCUUUCCCAGAGCUCUGGUCAUCUGAUGACACCACCCAUUUCUCCAGCCAUGGCAAGCCGAGGAAGCGUCAUUAACCAGGGACCGAUGGCAGGGAGACCGCCAAGUGUGGGUCCAGUGCUGUCAGCCCCCUCACACUGCUCAGCGUACUCCGAGCCUGUUUAUCCUGCUCUCCCUCAAGCCAAUCAUGACUUCUAUGGGACCAACUCUAACUAUCAGACAGUGUUUAGAGCACAGCCACACCCCCCAUCGGGACUCUAUCCUCAUCGCCCUGAGCAUGGUCGAUGCAUGGCCUGGAGUGAACAGCAGCUUUCUAGAGACUUCUUUGGUGGCAGCUGCGCGGGGUCCCCAUAUAGUUCUCGACCACCUUCCGGCUAUGGACCAUCCCCACACAGCCAAGAUUCCCACAGUAUGCAGUUUUUAAAUACAGGAAGCUUCAACUUCCUGAGCAGUGCAGGGGCUGCCAGCUGCCAAGGAGCAACAUUGCCUCCUAAUUCACCUAAUGGGUACUAUGGAAGCAAUAUGAACUACCCAGAGUCUCACAGACUUGGAUCGAUGGUGAAUCAACAUGUCUCUGUCAUCAGCAGUGUUCGCUCGCUGCCCCCCUACAGUGACAUCCACGAUCCCCUUAACAUUUUAGACGACAGCACUAGAAAACAGACCAGCUCGUUUUACACAGACACCUCACCUUCAGUUGCAUGUCGAACUCCAGUAGUAGCUUCAAGCUUGCAAACCCCAAUUCCUUCCUCCUCCUCCCAGUGUAUGUAUGGAACUUCAAAUCAGUAUCCAGCUCAAGAAAGCCUGGACUCCCAUGGAGCAAGUGGUAGAGAAAUGGUACCCUCUCUACCACCCAUCAACACUGUGUUCAUGGGAACAGCAGCUGGAGGCACUUAAACCAACAACCCCGGGUGGGGCUUGAAACUUUAGAAAUCUCGACUCCUCAAAUCCUAUCCACUCACACUGCCGUUGGAGAGAGAAAAUGGAAUAUCCAGUAGCAGGAUAUUGUCUUUCAGGUCGCUGUACAAAGUUAUGGACAACCCCAUAGUGAAUGGAAAUACAUGCAGAGUGUGCCUUGCACACAAACUGUUUUGAAUGCAUCUCAUUAUUAGCCAUAGUUUCAAACAUUAUCAAAUGGAACCAGUGAAGCUCUGAAGAUGCAGACAUUUAAACUACGAAGUUUAAUAUUUCACCACUUAACUUAUUGAAAAUCUCUGUGCUGUUUCAUUGUUGGUUUCCAAAAAAAGAGAGAAAUGUUUAUUUAAUGCCUUUAAAAUACCUUUAAUUUAUUAGGAUCUCAGAAUCAUUGUUUACUAUCCCUUAUUUGACAAAAAGUCAAAUGUGUAUGGUCUACCUCCUAUGGAAAUGUUUACAAGGUCAAGACUUAAUUCAAUUCAGCCUAGACCAAAGUUUCUUAACUUUCAAUUUCUGUGCAUUAGUAUGAUGAUUUCUGUUACAUAGCAGUAUCCUGAGUCUAUGUAACUGAAUGGAGAUUAAAAAUGCUUUACUUCAAAAAGAUAGGAAGAAAUAAGUGUAGAAUUUUUUUAAGGCUUGGUUGCUUUCAGGGCUGGUACUGUUUCUAAAGAAUGCUGGGGAUUUGCAGGCAAAGCUCCUUUGUGUAUCAAAGAGUGAAAAUUGUUGAUAAAAAUACAAUAGUUUCAGAACAUUUGUAUAUCAGAUACAUGCAUAUAAAUAUAGAGAAAUUGUGACUGUGGAAGCAGUCUUGAGUACUUUGCUUAGAAACUGAGAAUGAAUGAGUGCUCAAGGAUCAUCUGGAGACAAAAACAAACUUUGAAAGAUUCAUUACAUAUAAAUUAAUACAAUUUGAUACACCAUUUAUCUUUUUUUUUCUUUUUCAUGUAUCUUAACUGAAAGGUGUGCUAUAAGACUCAUGGCCUAUAACUGGAAAUUUCCAUUAACUUUAUAGGCUUCUUUUAUAGUCUCAUGAUGGGCCUCCUAUGAUGUGUAUUAAGGAUUGAGUCAUACUGUAAGCCCUGGUUACAUUAUACAAAGAUCUGUAAGCUCCAAACACCCAUGAUACAUCAUGAUGUAAUUUGGUCAAGACAAACUGUGAAAUUGUUUUCAGCAAGCAAUAAACAAUUACCUG